GUGGGCCCGAGCCUAGACGGAGGGAGGGGCCGCGCCGCCUUCGAGAAUCAUUGGAGGACGCGGCCGCACGAAGCUGAUAAAUAAAGGGACGGGCCGCGGCUGCCAACCAAGUUGGACGCCCGACCCGUGCGAGGGCCAGGUCAGCGCCUGCCCUGCGAGCCGAAGCGAGGGGACCCCCGUGCGGCCAUGGCCUCGCUGUUGGGAGCUUAUCCGUGGCCCGAGGGGCUCGAGUGCCCAACCCUGGAAACCGAGCUGUCGGAUGGGCUGUCGCCGCCGGCCGCCCCCCGCCCGCCGGGCGACAAGGGCGCAGAGAGCCGUAUCCGGCGGCCCAUGAACGCCUUCAUGGUGUGGGCCAAGGACGAGAGGAAACGUCUGGCGGUGCAGAACCCGGACCUGCACAACGCCGAGCUCAGCAAGAUGCUGGGAAAGUCGUGGAAGGCGCUGACGCUGUCCCAGAAGAGGCCCUACGUGGACGAGGCGGAGCGGCUGCGCCUGCAGCACAUGCAGGACUACCCCAACUACAAGUACCGCCCUCGCAGGAAGAAGCAGGCCAAGCGCCUCUGCAAGCGCGUGGACCCGGGCUUCCUCCUGAGCUCCCUCUCCCGAGACCAGAACGCUCUGCCUGAGAAGCGGAGCGGCGGCCGCGGGGCGCUGGGGGAGAAGGAGGACAGGGGUGAGUACUCCCCCGGCUCCGCCCUGCCCAGCCUGCGGGGCUGCUAUCACGAGGGGCCAACCGGCGGAGGCGGCACCCCGGGCAGCAUGGACACUUACCCAUACGGGCUACCCACGCCCCCGGAAAUGUCGCCCCUGGACGUACUGGAGUCGGAGCAGACUUUCUUCUCCUCCCCUUGCCAGGAGGAGCAUGCGCACUCCCACCACAUCCCCCACCUGCCUGGGCCCACUUACUCACCGGAGUUCGCCCCCAGCCCCCUCCACUGCGGCCACCCCCUGGGCUCCCUAGCCCUCGGCCAGUCCCCGGGCGUCUCUAUGAUGUCCACUGUACCUGCCUGUCCCCCGUCUCCUGCCUAUUAUUCCCCUGCCACCUACCACCCACUCCACUCCAACAUCCACGCCCACCUGGGCCAGCUCUCCCCGCCUCCGGAACACCCCGGCUUUGAUGCCCUGGAUCAGCUGAGCCAGGUGGAACUCCUGGGGGACAUGGAUCGGAAUGAGUUCGACCAGUAUUUGAACACUCCUGGCCACCCAGACUCUGCCGCAGGGGCUGUGGCCCUCAGUGGGCAUGUCCCCGUCUCCCAGGUGACAUCAACUGGCCCCACAGAGACCAGCCUUAUCUCCGUGCUGGCUGAUGCCACGGCCACGUAUUACAACAGCUACAGCGUAUCAUAGAGUACAGCUUAUCAAAGAGGCCGAGGCAGCCAGCCCGGCCCUGCCUCGCGCAGCCUCUCCUUCCUGAGCGCUGAGCAGAGGUAACCGCGCAGUGUUACCGACGUCCUCCGACGGCCCAGGGUGUGCAUGUUUGAACUGUCAGCGGGGCAGAACCGGGAUCUGCCGGUCUGAGUGCCCCUUUGCUCCCUGCCACCUACAUUUUGAGUAUAUUCCUUCAGAUGGGUUUUCAUUGGCUACACCCUGGGAAUAAGGCAAGGUAGUUGCCAAAAGAAAGAUGGUAGAUUUUCACUUACUUCUCUGGGUCCCCAUCGCGGAAACCAAUGUGUGAAAAUCUCAGCGGUGUUCACAUCUCUCUAGCUUCUGACCCAGACCCUGGUGGGAUCCCCACUCGGUUCUUUUCCCCUUGCAGCCCCUCCCCCAGUCUGUAAAGUUGGGGACAGACUUGACAUCUAAGGCACCUUCUGCUCCAGGGUUUUCUGAUCUAGGGUUCUUUCAAGGCUAAUUAAAAGGAAAACGAAGUUUGUCUUAGUAAAUUCAUUAAUGUCCAGCCUGGUGGUAAUCCGUGUGUGCAGCCCAAGAACACACAGCUUUCUGCACUCGCACUACCUUCCAAAAUGAUCGUGGUCUUUCAAAAGGACAGUACUCCUCUUGAUUUGGGAAAUUAACCACUAGAAUUGACUGUGCUACUGAAAACGAGAUUGAACGCAAACCACUGGUUUUUAAACCUUUUUUUUAAGAUGAAUUAUUUUUUUAAAUCACACAUUACAAGAGAUUAUUUGCAGCCUGAACAUAUACAGUGUUUGUGGGCCAUGCACAACACACACACCUUCAUGCACACCCUUAAAUGCAUGUCUGUGCAGCCUAGAUCAGAUACUCUUGUUGAUGUUGGCAAUUUCUUGUUAACUCCCUGUUCCGAAUGACCCAAAGAGCAGGGAACCUAAAAAGAAUCUCUACACAAAAACAUCACUUACCUCCAAUCUGAAUGUGUUCAUUUCUUAAGCAAAAUUUUAACACACGCUACCCUCUGCAGGUGCAAAAGGAGCUUCCUUCUCACUGUAGCUGACUCCCCUUCGUCCUUUCCUGGGAUUUCUUUUUCUCUUUUUCACUGUUCUUCCUCCACCCUUGAGUUGCCCAGGAAUUCAAAGAUCCCCUGACUUAAAAAUCCUAAACAUCAUUCCUAUGGCUGAGAUGGGAAUUCAGUCUCCUCACCAGACAGCUGGUUCUUGGGAACAUCGUCGGCUAACACUUCAAAACAACUUCCCCUUUGCUAUACUGACUUCCCAAAGAACAGAACUGCACUGUGAUUCAGAAAAUGUUUCUGAGCCCUGACCCCACCCCAAAAAACAUUUCCAUCCUUCUCUCAAACCUCCUUUGAAGGAACAUACCUAGCAAUGAGGGAAAAGACAGUUGUCUUUUAAUUCCAGCCUAUUAUUGCCUGUAUGAAAUAUGUAAGUGUUUUAUAUAUUAUCCUAUUUUUAGCUUGUAUUUUAUAUUGUUGAGAGAUCCUUUUUUUUCUUCCAAGACGUCCUACUAUUAAAUUACUUAUAAGAUAUAAUUAAUCUUAAUGCUAUUGCUGUAUACGACAUUUGGUAAUAAAUAGUGAAUCAUUCACGACAGUAUGAUUGACUGGUGCAGUCCAGAAUGUAUAUUAAUAAUCUUGUAAAACAUUAUCACAGACGUUAAGCUAAACUGUUCCAUUUUUUUUUUGUAAGAACUACACAUGCUUUGGAAUGGUUGUAGAUAUUGAUCUGUCUAAAAUAUUUAAUUUAAAUAAAUGUUUUUGUACCAUG